CUGCCAUUGACCAGGGGGCUUUCAGAGCUUCUCUGUCGCUGUCACUCAACAUCUGACAUGUGGAAACUCACCACCUAGGUAAACCAAGGGACGUCUCAUACACUCAAAAAAUAACCCCAAACACCCCCUAUUAGUCCAUGCCUCAUCAAUGUGUCUGGCUGACGACUGCGAAGUCUCUCAAAAUAAUUUGAUGUUUAAGAUCGACCCCCAGGCAACCAAUCGCUCCUCAGACAUCGCUGCUUCGUGUUCUUCAACGCUUGGCCCAUGUUUCCAUCCCGCGCCUCGGCACCGGCAAGGCGCGUUGUUCAAGUCGCCCUGCAGAGCGGAGUCUCAAACAAGCUUCAGCGAGUAAUCUCGCAUCACCACCAGCAAGCCGAACAACGGCGUCAGUAUGUAGGACCUGCGCCCUCUGUAUCGCAGCGCAACCGGGCUCGUGCGAGUCAAGGCGAUCGCUUGCUAUUCGACUCCAUCAACCUUCCCCCCUUCGACUUUUGGAAAGACCUUGCCACAAGGGGGUUUGGUGAUUUGACUGCAGAGGAGCGCCUCGCUGUAGCGCGGCAGUACUGCUCUGUCGCCACCCCAAAUGGCUCGGCGUGGAAACAGGCGCUGCAAAGGGACCACAACAUUGACCCCUACGCUCUCUACUGUACUGCCGCGCCAUUGAUGGGCGUGCCCUCGCAAAAACUGUCCUUCGUGGGCUUCCACAUGCUCAUGACUGCCUCGAGCCUGGGGUAUGCUCCCGCGACGCUCUCGCUCAUGGCCGUACUCGCGAGGGCGCCUGACGACAUGUUCUCCCGCUGGAAACCCCAGCUCCGCGACGUCGAAGCCCGAUUCAAGCGUCUGCUUCAGACCGAGAAGACCCCCGACGCCCUAACCUUGCAAGGCCUGCUGUAUCUGCGCGAGCGCCAGUCCGAUGCUCACGCCUUGCGGUACUUCGACCACGCGAUCCAAGCCGCACGGCGCAUGUCCCCGCACAACCCGGACCACCCACACCAACACUCACCGCCCACCACUCAUCAACCAGCCGGCCCAUCCACCAGGCCGCCGAGAUGGACCUACGAAGGCUCCUGCUACCUGGAACGGGGCCACAUCCUCCUCCGGCAGGGCCAGACGGACGAGGCGACCGCCUCGUUCCGGGUCGCCGCGCUCGAGCUGGACCUCGCCGACGGCUACGCCGAGCUGGCCAAGCUGCUGCCGCCGGGCGCGCCCACGCGCGAGACGUACCUCCUCAAGGCGGCGCAAGCCGGCAACCUCGAGGCGUGCCGCCUGCUCGCGCUCGACGCGGCCGACAAGGCCGCCGACCCGGCGCGCGGACGGGCCGAGCGCGCCGAGGCGGCGACUUUGGCACGCGAGUGGGCGCUGGUGGAGCCUGACGUUGGCAGGCGCGAGGCGCUGCUGGCGCAGGUGGCUGAGAGGGUGGGGGAUGCAACGGAGGAGCAGAGGAGGAGGAGGAGUGAUUUGUGGAAGUGGAUGAUGUCGAAGCUGCGUCCGUGAGGUUUUCGACUGUAUCACGGAGCGGAGUUGCCAUCUCUGGAUUUCAAUGCACCGUCCAGGGCUCCGUUCACGGCUCUGUCCACGGCCUCGCUUCACUUUUAGGUUUUAUUAUGCCAUGCCGAGGGCCGUGGCACCGACACAUGGCAUUUCGAAACUAUAGAU